AAAGUUCAAAACCUUCUGACCCUGUUUGCCUAAAAAGAAUUAAUUUUAAAAUUAAACACUGUUGAGUGCGAUUGUUGCCAUUUCCGCUUCCGUUGACCGUGAGCUUGCAUUUUGCAAACACUGCAUGGCUUAAUAUUGCCAGCCCCACGAAUUUGGCCAUUGAACGCUUCCGACGGGCUCUGGGGUGACAGUCGCAUGAAUUUUUGUUGCUGCACCGGUGUUCGUAACUAGCCUGCCAACCUUUUAAAAGUUUGGAUUUAUUUUUUCACCCUAUUGAAAGCUGAAAGCUAAAAACUUGUAUGUUUCAUGUAGAGUAAAUUAUUUUCCGUGAAUUGUAUGGAGGUUUAUUUGCUGUCACUUUUAUAAUUUUUGUACGGGCUAGUCAGUAUCAGAAUGAAGUUAGUUCAUAAAAACAUCGAUAAAGAUGGGAAAGGGAGUGUCGCAGUCAUCCCGGAAGAAACGGAGGACAUGUGGCACGCGUACAAUCUCAUAUCGGAAGGCGAUCUGAUUCGUGCAUCAACCAUUAGGAAAGUCAACACGGAGUCCGCGACAGGCAGCACUUCGGCUAACCGAGUUCGCACUACACUAACCCUGGCCGUGGAGAAUGUUGAUUUUGAUACCCAAGCGGGUAUGCUGCGAGUUAAGGGGAGGAACACUGAGGAGAACGAGUACGUGAAGAUGGGGGCCUAUCAUACCAUCGAUUUGGAGAUGAACCGCAAGUUCACCAUAAUAAAACCAAACUGGGAUAGUAUUGCUUUAGAGAUACUAGACAAUGCGUGCGAUGUGGCACAGCAUGCCGAUUUGGCGGUGGUUGUGAUGCAAGAAGGUCUCGCACACGUAUGCCUGAUUACUCCUAGUAUGACAACUGUUCGGGCCAAGGUGGACGUUACGAUCCCCAGGAAAAGGAAAGGCAAUAUACAACAGCACGAAAAGGGAAUGCAAAAAUUCUUCGACGCCAUCGUUCAAGCAAUCCUUCGGCAUUUGAAUUUCGAUGUCUUGAAAUGCAUCUUGUUGGCAAGUCCCGGCUUUAUAAAGGACCAACUGUAUGAUUACAUGCUGCAGUGGGCUACUAAGAUAGACGAAAAGAAGAUCCUGGACAACAAAAGUAAAUUUAUCCUUGCUCAUUCCUCGUCCGGAUUCAAGCAUUCUGUCAAAGAACUCCUUGCUGAUCCUAAUUUAACCAUGAGACUUACGGAAACGAGAGCUGCCGGUGAAGUGAAGGCUUUGGAUUCUUUCUAUCAGAUGAUGCAUAACGAGCCAACCAGGGCGUAUUAUGGAAUAAAUCAUGUUGAAAAGGCCAACGAAAGUCAAGCGGUGGAACUGCUAAUGAUUUCCGAUGCACUCUUCAGAUCUUCGAAUAUUAAUCAGCGGAAACGUUUCGUCAAGUUGGUGGAAAGUGUGAAAGAGAGUGGUGGACAGGCGCGAAUAUUUUCGUCCAUGCAUGUAUCCGGUGAACAGUUGGGACAGCUUUCGGGUAUUGCAGCUGUUUUGAGGUUUCCUAUGCCAGAAAUUGAAGAUGAAGAAGAAGACGAGGUACCUAAUACUGUCGAACAGGAAGGAUAGACUGACUGUUGCAUAAUUUAUUGUCGUUGGGUUUGGGAUUCUUUGGGUUUUAUGUGUAGCUUGUUAUAGAUAGUAAUAUAUUAACUUUGUGAUAUAUGGCAUUUGAUUUGUUAUGUUUCCUCAGACAGAACAUUAUAGUUAUGCCAUGCAGAUGCCAUACUUUUUUGUGUGCUUGUUGCUUUUCUGGAAUAAAAAGGAAGUCAUGGA